GUUUCAAGGAAGCGUUUUGGCGUCUUUCUAUUGAUGGGGUUCCCUUGCUGGGGAAUUCUCAUAUGUCUAGGGCUCGUCCGGAAUGUUGUGGUUGUGGGUCCGUUGUCUUGGGGGUGUCUCCGCGGUUGCAUUUUUUCUGGGCUUGUCCUGUUGCUCGUGCUGUGGUUGAGCAGCUUGAGGUCACGCUGGGUAUUGCGGUUCCUCGGGCUGCCUUGUGGUUGGCGUUGCCUCCUUCGGGCGUGCAGCAGUGCGUUUGGGAUGUUGUUGUUUUGGCUGCUUUGUCCGCUAUGGAGGAGGGUCGGCGGUUGUUACGGGCUCGUGUACGUGAGUCUGGUUCUGCGAGUGUUGUGCCUGGGCUUGCUGCUGUGGUGGCCCUGUCUGCUGUUUCCUGGUUCUGGGGUCAGCUUCGGGGUUUUGCUUGUUUGGGUGUUCCCCGUCGGGGAUGGGCUGGGGUUGGCCCUUCUCAUCCUUUCUUACGUAUUGUUGGCGGGCGGUUUUCUGUGGGCCGUUGAGCGUCCUGUUUUUUGGCCCUGAUGCCUUUGGGGUGGUGUGUUCGUGGCUUCCGGUUUGGGUUGUCUUAUGCCCUAGAUGAAGUUUGUCGAGGUUUGCUGAGGGGCCUUUUCUUGGCUUCUACCCUCUUGUUUCCCUCCUGAGGUUUCUUUUAGGGCUAUGUCUCCCAUCUUGUUGGCCUGUUGUGGUGCUGUCUCUACGGUUUGUUCCGUUUCUUUUGCAAUGUAGGGUUGGGUUCAUCACCCGUGUUCCCUUUUAGGGCACCAUUGUAACGAUCAUUCAUUCAGUACGUGGGCCGCUCGCUGUUGAAGCCACGCAUUACUGUAGGUACAGGUGGCCGCGGAAGUACCUUCCGGCGCUCACAAGGCACAUAUUAGGAAGUUCGUCCAGUUUGACUGGGUGGUGGCUGUGUACUGUGGCGAAGUUGCCCGCUGCCUCCAGGAUGGGAG